CUCGGGACCUCCGGUAUACACUAGACGACUGAAAUGGCCACCUCGAUAUUCAAGGAGAUCAGUCUCGGCGGUACGCUGGGGGUUACGUUUAUCGGUGUCUGCGUGUCGUCGAUGCUUUACGGCGUGACGUGCCUACAGACGUUUACUUACUAUCGCUCAGCGAAAGCGAAGAACGAUGGCUGGCUAUUGUGGAGUCUGGUCGCAGCACUGCUCGCUUUUGACAGUGCUCACCAGGCGGUUGUUAUCCAUGCCGUGUACAACUAUCUCGUCCUAGACUUUGCCAACCCUUUCAAGGUGAUAAAUUUAGUGUGGAGCAUCCCGACCGAAGUUGUACUGAAUGCGAUUCUUGCCCUCAUCCUCAACGGAUUUCUGACAUUCCGUCUAUGGAAACUGAGCACGCGGUACUACCUGACUGCCAUCGCGGCUACCCUGUCUAUCGGAAACUUCGGUACGAACCUACCAUACGCUAUCCGCGGGUUCCAGUACAACAACAUUUUCGCGGCGGAGACGAUCCUCCGGACGCAAGGAAUCGCAGGCCUUUGUAUCUCCGUCACCACCGAGGCUAUGAUCUCGUUCUCGCUCGCGUACUACCUUCACAGACGCCGCACUGGCCUGCGCAAGUCCAACGAUAUCAUCACGAAGCUCAUCGCACUCACAGUCACUACCGGGAUGCUCACUACACUUUUCAACGUUGCGGAUCUUAUCGCUUACGUUACCGCGCACGACAAUCUUUACGUCCUCUUCUUCAACUUCAUGCUCGGCAAACUAUACGCCAACUCUCUUCUGACGUCACUGAACAGCCGCGACUACGUGCUCGGGCUGAUGGGCGAUGGCAGCGGCCAGGGCCCGUCCGACCACGAGACGCUCAAGUUGCCACCGUCGAGCGCGGGCUCGGGCUCAAGCCGUCCGCGCGUCGCGUCGCCGCACGCCGCGGUGCACAUCGCGAUGGACCGCUUCGUUGUGUCGGACUCGCUGUCGACCUCGGCGACGAAGUACGAGAGCGUUUGAUAGGGGCGCUGCUUCUCGGCGCGCGGAGUCGUGGUGGUAGUGCUCGGGAUCAUCGAAGGUGUGCUAUUUAUGCCCUGCCAGUGCAUCCGGGCGCACCGCUGGCUAGACAUACGUUCGAUAUGUAUCGUUGUCUCGAAGAACUGCAGGGCUCUGUAUGUGGACUGUCGUUCUUGACCGCUUGUUUGAUCGUUUGGAUGUUUUUCAUGUUGCUCUAAGUUGUUGUAACUCUACUAGGCCUGUUGUAUAUAUCGCCGACGACUCGGUGUCGUUCC